AUGGCUGACGAUAAAGAAGUUGAGAAAACUAUUGCUGAAGACUUGGUUGUUACCAAGUAUAAACUAGCUGGACAAAUUGUUAAUCGUGUCCUGGAACAGGUCAUUGCGAAAUGUGUGCCUGAUGCAUCCGCCAGAGAAAUUUGUGAAUUUGGCGACAAGCUAAUUCUAGACGAGACUUCUAAGGUUUUCAAAAAAGAGAAGGAUUCUAAGAAGGGUAUAGCGUUCUCAACAUGCGUGUCGGUGAACAAUUGUAUAUGUCACUUCUCGCCGAUACCUAGCGAAAACGAUUACAUACUCAAAGAGGGCGAUCUGGCAAAGAUAGACCUAGGUGCACACAUUGAUGGAUUUAUUGCAGUGGUUGCUCACACUGUAAUUGUUGGUGGUGUAGAAGUAUCAGGAAGAGCAGCAGAUGUUGUUCUUGCUGCCCAUUAUGCUAGCGAAGCCGCCUUGAGAUUGUUGCGGCCUGAUAAUGAGAACUACUUAAUAACAGAUGCCGUGCAGAAGAUAACUGCAGAGUAUGGCUGCAAACCUGUAGAAGGCAUGCUCUCACACCAGCUGAAGCAGUUCCGUAUUGAUGGGGAGAAGAGCAUCAUACAGAACCCUUCUGAAGCACAGCGCAAAGAACAUGAGAAGGCAACUUUGGAAACUUAUGAAGUUUAUGCAAUGGAUGUUUUAGUGUCCACUGGUGAAGGCAUUGGCCGAGAGAUGGACACAAGGUGUACAAUAUACAAGAAAACUGAUGAGGUGUAUCAAUUGAAACUGAAAGCUUCAAGAAUGUUCUAUAGUGAGGUCCGCAAUAAACAUGGCUCAAUGCCAUUCAACCUCCGAAGCUUUGACAAGGAGACCAGUGCGAGAUUAGGUGUUGUUGAAUGUGUUAACCACAAACUUAUUGAGCCUUUCCAGGUUCUGUAUGAACGCCCCGGUGAGCUUGUGGCGCAGUUUAAGUUUACGGCUCUGUUGCUACCGAGUGGUACACAUCGUAUUACUGGCUUGCCAUUUGAUAAAAGUACAUGCAAGAGUGAACGUAGUAUCAAGGACCCUGAACUCAAUGCACUCCUCAACUCAUCUGCGAAAUCCAACAAGAAGAAGAAAAAGAAAACUGGCGCUGAAGAGCCUAUGGAAGUUGAAACUGUUGCCUAG